ACUGCUAUUACUGAAUGCACGAACAACAGAGAUACUGGCGAAAAUGACGGGCUUAAAAGUAAAAAAGAAAUUGACAAUCAAGCAGGAGUAGUUGUUGUGCUGACUCAAGAUAAUGAAUUUCGUUAUACUUGUUGUGGUUUUGUGUAUGAGUGGAAGUUUCACACCGAUGCAACAGGAACAUUUGAUGCGCAGGUGUGGAGAAGUCAAUCGAACGACGUUUACCUAUUGGUUGGAUCUAAUUCAUUAACAUCAACAGAUGACGGAGAUGAAGAAGUUCGCACUAUCAGCAAUGGACAGAGAAUUCGAGUCAUGGAAGACGAUUAUCUGGGAAUACAUUCAACUGGAACAUUUCUCGUAACUCAUAAAAGUGAAGGAUCAGAAACUGUAAGGAAGCUGACUGGCCAAACAACACCAAUUGCUGUGUCGUCAACACUUGAUACUUCUGGUGCAACAGUAGAGGCACUAGACUAUGCGAUCAGGUCGUAUUAUACACCAAGUGAACGUCCACAGAUGUCUGGCUUAGGUACAGUAACAGUUUAUAACGAUGUGGUCUCAGUUGGAAAUGUUUUAGCUACAAUAACAACAACUGAUAAUGAUUUAGAGGACGCUGGAAGCCUGACUUUGACAAUGGAAUCAUCUACCAACAGUGGCACAAAUUUUUUUGAGGUGGUUUCGGAUGAAAUAAGAGUAAAAGCUAUACCACCUGUGAAUACAUAUAAUCUACAGCUCAAAGUAGAGGAUCCGUGCACCCGAUCACGAACCGGAACAGAAAUUAUUGAUAUAGUCAAUAGACUUCCUGUUAUCAACAACCUUCCCGAUUCUGUAUCAAUAUCUGAAGAUACUGCGGACAAUACAUUGAUAUUUACAAUUGAUGCCACAGAUACAGUAACAGACCCACUAACAUGUAAAAAGAAAGGUGGAGGAACUGUGCCAUUCUCUGUCGCUCAAAUACCAGGUUCAACAGAUUACGGAGUAUAUAAGAACUCGGGAGUCUUACUUAACUAUGAUACAAAUCCAUCAUAUACAGUAACAGUAGAAUGUGAUGACUUAGAUGACAAAGUGGAAGCUGUUCUGACUAUCAACUUAAUCCAAAAUCAGGCUCCCGUGAUCCAGAGUUUACCUGACAGUGUUAACUUUCUUGAGGAUCUCAACACCAAUACUUUACUCCAUACACUGACUGUAACUGACGCGGAGAGUGACACAGUUACAUGCACGCUGAAUCCAACAAGUACUAUAUACGAUGUAUCGUUUAUUCCUCCUUCAAAUACAGGAUAUGGAAUCUAUCUGACAGGCGGAACAACUCUCGAUUAUGAUACAACUUCGUCGUACACUUUAUCAGUGAGGUGUAGUGAUGUUAGACGAAGUGAUACGGAGAGUUUCACGGUCAAUCUGAUACGAAACACGCCACCAGUCAUAAACAGUUUACCAACAACCGAAAGUAUAUCAGAGGACCUCAACACUAGAACAUUAGUUCAUACUCUGAACGUUACAGAUGUCAACUCAGCAGAUACUGCCAAUUGUGCAUUUAACCCAAACAAUGCAUUAUUUGAAAUAAGUAAAAUUCAACCAGCAUCAGUUGAUUAUGGAGUUUUUCUAGCUGGAGGGACAAUAUUGGACUAUGAUGUCACACCUUCGUAUUCUUUAAAUAUUGAAUGUGCCGAUCACAGGAGAUCUGUCUCAGACGUCUUGACAGUUGCAAUCAUUCGAAACGAGCCACCAACAAUUGUUAACCUACCAAUGAGUUCAGACAUACCGGAAAGUAUAACUUCAGAAAGUUUGUUGUACACCAUAUCUGUGACAGAUCCAACUAAUGAUACAGUUACAUGUGUUAUUACAACAGCAACUUCUGUAUUCUAUCUCCAAACCACAUCGGCGCAAUUUGAAACCGAGAUAUGGGUUCGAGGUAAUCAAGGUUUCGUUUAUGACACUAAAAGACAAUAUACCUUAAAUAUCGAGUGUGCUGACCAGCGAAGAAGUGAUUCGGCAGAUUUUUACGUUUACAUUCUUCGAAAUAUGCCUCCAUACUUUCCAAAUCUUCAAGAUAAAACAACCGUUUCGUCUCAGAUAUCAGCUGUAGGUCAGAUCAUUUAUACUGUACAAAGUGUGGAUCCAGAGAGUGACAAUGUACAAUAUUCUGUGUCAUCUAACGCUGCCAAUGCGCCUUUUACAAUCAAUCAAAACACUGGAGCUAUAUCUCUCACCCGCUCUAUAAAGACUGAGCUAGUAGCAGGAUAUGAUUUGUACGCCAGUGUAUCAGAUGGGCGAAAUGUGGUGGCUGCGCGAUCAUUAUCAGUUCGUAUUACAGGUAUCAAUUUUCCGCCACAUUUCCAAGUUCCUUCGCAGACAUUAACUGUAUUAGAAAAUAUAAAUUCUGGAUCGUCCAUAUUUCAACCAACAAUUACAGAUGAAGAUUUGUCAGACGUUCAUACGUUUUCUGCCGUUUAUUCUCCCCCAGAUGGCGCUGUUUAUUUCGGCGUUGACAAAUCAACUGGAUUAAUAAGAUCUUUAGUUGAUAUCGAUUACGAAACGAUUCCAUUCAAGUCAUUUUUUUUGGUGGUAACGGGUUCGGAUUCUCUGUUGGAAGACACUACGAAUAUAACAUUGAAUGUACAGAAUGUAAACGAGCCUCCGGUGUUUACAAAGAAGUAUUACUCACUUACAACUUCAGAAAAUAGUGGUGGAACUAUUAUUCAGAAUCCAUAUUACCAGUAUACAGACGUAGAUGGGGAUAAUGUCAAAUUUUCCCUUGACUGUGGUGCCGACACAGGUCGUUUGGACAUUGAUUCUUCCACAGGGCUCCUAUCGUUUUCAACAGACUAUGAUCUAGAUAUAGUCGGUACAGCAUCUAAGAUAAACUGUAAGGUUUCUAUAACUGAUGAUGAAUAUACAGAUAUGGCAUAUGUUAAUAUGACAAUAUUGGACGAUAAUGACAAUUCACCUGUGUUUAUCUAUAGUGAAUACACGUUUUUCAUACCAGUAACUUCAAGUGUUGGGUUUUUUGUCGGACAGGUACAAGCAAUUGAUAAUGAUAUUGGAAGUUAUGGAAAUGUCCUUUACCAUGUUGCACUCGAAGAUUUCAACUACGGUUUGUUUGAUGUAGUCGAAAAUGGUUCGAUAUUUGUCAGCGAAAGUUUGACUCGGUAUACUGAAGGUUCUACUUUGAAUCUAACCAUAUAUGCUGUGGAUACAGGAGGCAGGGAGGGUCUGACGUUGGUUUAUGUUGUAUUUCCAACAACCUAUGUGGCGCCUUUUCCUCCAGCAGAUGGUAUCCAGUACUUAACAUUCUUCAGAUAUUCUCCGAACAUGGCUUGGUUUGUUCCCCUGAUGUUUAUUCUUUUUGCCACCUUCUGUGUUGUUGCACACACACUUUAUAAAUCGAAGUGUUCAUGUUUGAAAAAAAAUGAACGGAGCAUGCGUAAGAAGAAAAGGAAAAGACCAAUGAAAUCAUUUCAAAGAUAUUGAUUCGAAUUAGACAUUAAACUGUAACUCUGUUGUACAAAUACAAAUGGAAAUAUUCAUAAAUGUGAUGUUUAUUCAAAUUAAUUUAGAUUUUAUUUUGUCAUCAGUAAUAUUGGCGAUAACUGUGUAUGCGUUAUGCGUAUUAAAGGUUAUAUAAACGGAAAAA